AUGGACGAGGAUCUCGACCACCGGCCAGCGAAAAGACAACGUUUCUUUGCUGAAAGCCCUGCAAGCCUGUCAGGGACCCCAAAGUCGGAUGUUGCACCCAAUCCACAGCGCUUUUUAGAACAAAACGAUGGCGAGACAAAGCAAAACGGUCGAGCAGAACAGCCAGAAACUACGAGGAUUCAAACAUCAAACUGCGGGUUGACAAAUCCGAUCGCUGCCCUUCCAACCGCCGCCUUGUCUGAUGCAUCGACACGACCAGCAACGAAUGGAGCGGCUACACCAGAGCAGCCUGACACCUCGGACGGUUUCGAUGCCGAACUAUUUACAAGCAUCAUCGGGCAGGAAUUGCCCACCGAUUCCCUUGAGAAAAUCAAAUCAGCCUCAUCCAACGAUAUCGAACGAGCUGUCAAUGUGUUUUUCGACGGAUCCUGGAAGAAACCCGUCAAAGCCAACACGGGCGGAAUAGGCGGGACAAAACAAGUGCCACUUCGAUCGACAUCGAGUGUGAGCGGGCCGAAUCAAUCGUCGCCUGCACGAAUGAUCUCCAAGGGGCAGAAAGAUCCAACGGAACCGGAGUCUGUACUCUCCAGGCAACCCGCAGCCCGUUACGUGGGUGCAUUCGGUGUUGGAGGUUGGGCGACAAGGAGUGGACAGGCGCUGCUCAAGCAUGGCGAUGUGGUUCACAUUGAGCGAGCUCGAUCUCAGCCAGUUGCUAAACGUGGUCGCAACGGCAAGCUUUUUACCAACACCAAGGGCGAUGUCCUGACACGGUUCACAAACGCUGCUGGGCAGGAAAUUGGCCGACUUCCGCACGAGACGGCCGAAUGGGUGUCGACUCUGAUUGAUCAGAAAAUAUGCCGGUUUGACGGAGUCUGUGUUUUUAUUCCUGACAGGGUGCGAGUCAACGAUACGGUCUAUCUACAAUUGAAAUGUUGGCUUCGUGAAGAGGCAUUUCAGCGUGGGGCGUUCUUGAGCAACGCGGAUGACAAUCGGUCCAUGGGUCUGUUUGAAGAGAAGGAAAGUACAGAAGAGAAAAACUUGCGGCUUCGACAAGUGGCUCUGGUAAAACUCUUCCAUGAAAUCAAUCUACAACCAACCUCCACAAAUCCAACAACAGAGAAACACAAGCGUGACGGCAUACUUCGCGCGGCUGAGAUGGCAGAGCAGUACGACGGCACCAAGAAAGACAGACCUAAAUCCAGCAAGGAUGCGAACGACUCCUCAUCCGAAGAGGAAACCGCGGAACUUGAAGAAGACCAGCUCGACACUCUGUACCGUAAGGCGCAGUCGUUCGAUUUCAACAUGCCCGAGGCUGAGCCCGGGCCAACUUUCAGAUUGAAUCUCCGAAAAUAUCAAAAGCAGGCUUUGCACUGGAUGCUUUCUAAGGAAAAAGACCGGAAGGAGGCACGAGAACGGUCCAUGCAUCCCCUGUGGGAAGAAUACACUUGGCCGACCAAAGAUGUGGAUGAUCAAGAAUUGCCGUCCGUGCAGGGCAUCGAUCAUUUCUACGUGAAUCCUUACUCCGGUGACCUCAGCGUAGAUUUCCCUGCUCAAGAACAGCAUUGCCUGGGAGGUGUUCUUGCUGACGAGAUGGGUCUCGGGAAGACCAUCGAAAUGCUCAGCCUUGUUCACUCACACAAAUCUGAGCCUCGAUCACAAAUUUCGGAUACAAUCAAUUCGGUCAAUGACCUGACAAGGGUCCCAGUCGCAACUAGUGGAGUGGUGGCUGCACCCUACACUACUUUGGUAGUCGCUCCGACUUCGCUCCUGGCGCAGUGGGAGAGCGAGGCACUCAAGGCCUCCGAGCCCGGCUCAAUGAGGGUCCUUUUAUACUACGGAGCAGACAAGGCCGUGAAUCUGCGUGAGCUUUGCUGUGAGGCGAACUAUGCCAAUGUGCCUCAUGUUAUUGUGACUAGCUAUGGCGUUGUUCUAUCGGAAUACCGCCAGUUUGCGGCCCAGUCUCCAUUCACCUCGGCCUCGCAUGGAGGCCUCUUUUCAGUUGAAUUCUUCCGCGUCAUUCUUGACGAAGCUCAUAUGAUCAAAAAUCGCCGCUCAAAGUCCGCAAGAGCCUGCUACGAGAUCCAGGCUGUCCACCGGUGGGUUCUCACCGGUACCCCAAUCGUCAACCGUUUAGAGGAUCUGUUCAGUCUCGUGCGCUUUUUGAAGGUAGAGCCUUGGAGCAAUUUCUCUUUCUGGAAGACCUUUAUUACGGUGCCCUUUGAGAACAAAGAUUAUGUCCGUGCGCUUAAUGUUGUACAAAGCGUUUUGGAACCACUUGUGCUCCGACGAACAAAAACAAUGAAGACGCCCGAAGGCGAGCCUCUAGUGCCGUUGCCUAAGCGCACGGUUACAAUUGAAGAAGUAGAGCUCUCGGAGCAAGAACGAGAAAUCUACGACUGCAUCUACACUCGCGCGAAGAGAACGUACAAUGACAAUGUUGAGGCUGGAACUCUGCUCAAGUCAUACACUACCAUUUUCGCUCAGCUCCUGAGGCUCCGCCAAACAUGCUGCCAUCCGGUUCUGACGCGCAAUAAGGAAAUCGUCGCCGAUGAAGAGGUCGUAGCAGCAGCGCUUGAUGCCACCAAUGACUUGACAGAUGACAUGGACCUUCAAGAAUUGAUCAAUCGAUUCACGGCAUCCACCGAGAGUGCCGAGGCGGAGGAUAGAUCCGUUGUUUUCACUACACACGCUCUCCGACAGAUUCAAACCGAGUCGAGCGGAGAAUGUCCAAUCUGCUGCGAGGAGCCCAUGAUCGAUCCCGCCGUCACAGCGUGCUGGCACAGCGCCUGUAAAAAAUGUCUCUCGGACUACGUGCACCACCAAACAAGCAAAGGGGAGAAAGCUCGCUGCUUCUCGUGCCGAGCGGAUGUGGAUGCACGGGACAUCUUCGAGGUUGUAAAGCAUCCUCUCUCUCAUCCAGCCACGCCCAUGGAGGAGAGCUCCGGUUGUGACACACCACUCCCAAGCUCGCAGCCUGCUCCUCGCAUCUCUCUCCGUCGAAUCAACCCUCUUUCGCCCUCGGCCCAUACAUCGGCCAAAAUCCACGCGUUAAUUAACCAUCUGGCACGCGUCCCACCGAACACAAAGUCUGUCGUCUUCUCCCAAUUCACCUCGUUCCUUGACCUCAUCGGUCCCCAGCUUUCCAAAGUGGGCAUCUCCCAUCUUCGACUCGACGGAUCCAUGCCACAAAAGGCCCGUGCCGCGGUGCUAGCACAGUUCACCAAAACCGAAGAUUUUGCAGACGACACUGUCGACGCGGAAGACGAAACGCCCGGACAGACUCGCUUUUCAAAAUCGAAAUCUGCCAAGCCAGAUCCCAGUCCGAGUGUGCUACUCAUCUCCUUACGGGCCGGUGGUGUUGGGCUGAACUUGACCGUUGCCAGCAACGUCUUCGUCAUGGAUCCUUGGUGGAGUUUCGCCAUCGAGGCACAAGCUAUUGAUCGUGUGCAUCGCAUGGGCCAGUUGCGUGAUGUUUCCGUGACUCGGUUUAUCGUGAAGGAUUCGAUCGAGGGUCGAAUGCUUCGUGUCCAGGAACGUAAAAUGAAUAUUGCUGGCUCGCUCGGUCUGCGUGUCGGUGGCGAUGAGGGAGACGACGACAAGAAGAAGGAGCGUAUCGAGGAGCUGAAAUUGUUGUUUGAGUAA